AUGGUUAAGUUCAUUUUAACUUCACUAAGGCCACAGGGUGGUGCUGGUGAGGGUGAAGACCUAAGGAAUGCGGCAAUGAGGGAACUGAGGGAAGAAACAGGAGUGACUUCAGCUGAAUUUGUUGCAGAGGCACCGUACUGGCUCACUUAUGACUUUCCAUCACAAGCCAGAGAGAGAAUUAAUCGUCGAUGGGGUACCAAUUACAAAGGUCAAGCACAGAAGUGGUUUCUUUUUAAGUUUACUGGGAAGGAGGAAGAGAUCAACCUUUUGGGUGAUGGAAGUGAAACUCCAGAAUUUAAGGAUUGGGCAUGGUUGUUGCCGGAACGAGUAUUGGAGCUUGCUGUUGGUUCCAAGAAGCCAGUCUAUGAACAAGUUAUGCAGGUAUUUGGUUCGUAUCUUCAGGCAGAUGCAGAUGAAGGUAAUUGUGCAGGACAAAAUGAAACCAAGGCCAAGGUGCACGUGAAGUCAACUCCUGUGUAAAGUGUGAAGUAGCUGAAAUUUUCUUUAGCAAAUCUCAUGAUAUAACAAAUUAUGGCACUUUGCUAAUUUUUAUCACUAUAUAAGCCACGUCAAAUAGAUCAUUUAUUAUCCAUUUCAAUGAAUGGUAGGGAUGUUGGUUUUAA